GUCGCUCUUUUCUGCUUUAUAUAGUUUACAUAGUAUACGUUCUCUGUUCUAACCUAGCUUAAACUCAAGUUUAAACGUAAAUUAUCCAACACAUACACAACACAGACACUUUAAGUAUGGUAUUGUGCUUCUGUGAAUUUUAUUAUCAAUACUGAAUGAUAAAAAAUUGAUAAUUUCGCGAAAAACUGUUAUUUUAUUAUUACUUGCAAUAAUUAUAGAAAAGCUAUAGAUUCCAUGGCAUUUCCACUAAAUGACCAGGUCUACACAAAAUCCUUUACUCCCAGGGAGUAUGAGGUAGAACUUCUUUACACAGCGAAAGAAAAGAAUAUAAUUGUCUGUUUGGGAAAAAAUUCUGAACAAACUUUUCUUUCUAUAAAAUUGAUUCAAGAGUUUGCUACUAACAAUAGAAGAUUAGUAAAUGAUGGUGGAAAACGGUCAAUAUAUAUAUUAAAUGAUCAAGAUAAGUGUACAAUAAUAGGAACUUAUAUAAAGCAGUUAACGGAUCUGAAAGUAUUAGCAUGCGAUUCUGAUGUACUUGAGGAAUUUGACGAAAAUUUUCAAAGUUCUCAUGUAUUAGUUGGAACACCAAAAAUCUACGCACAACUGAUAUCGGAAAAGAAACUUUUAUCAUGUCAUAUAAAUCUAGUCAUAGUAGACGAGUGCCAUAAGUCUAUCCAAGAUAGCAAUCUAAAGUUUGUCCUGCAAACUUUUCUAUCGUGCAACAAUGUUCCUAGAAUAAUCGGACUAGCAGUACCAGUGUUUAAUUUGACACAAGAACCUGGAAGAUUGGGCUUAGAGAUAGAAAAAGUAGAGACUGCCUUCCAGUGUCAAGUAGAAACUGCUAAUGAUAUUCUUUCAAUAAUACGUUACAGCCCAAAACCAAGAGAGUACGUCGUGGAAUACGAUAGGGGAGAAAAGAAAGACUUGUAUAAUACGCUUAAAAGUUGCGUGCUACAUGCCAUUGAAUUUUUACAAGAUCAUCGAUAUGAUCCAAUGGAGAUUUAUACCGAAGAAUUUUACGAGGAUAUUCAAAAAAUUCCUGACCCCAUACAAAAGCCCUUUGAGAUGAUGCAAGAUUUUUUGCAUAUAUUAGAAACUCUUGGACCAUGGUGUGCGGAUCGCGCUGCUCUAACAUUACUAUUUUUAACAGAAAAAUUAAAGAUCAAAACUCCUUACGAAAGGCAUUACCUCCUAUUAAAUAUGAUGACAUCUGUUUUUAUAAAAAUUCGUGCUCUUUGUGAUAAUGAAUUUCAACAUUUAUCUGAAAAAGAAAGGAUAUAUCAAUAUAGUACUCCAAAAGUUCAUCGACUAUUGCAAAUCUUGAAAAUUUAUACUCCUUUUUAUACUAAAGAGACUAACACUCCAGAGAAAAAAGCAGGUGCUGAUGUUAAUUUAAAGAAUUGUGUCACGAAAAGUGACAAAAAUAUUUCUUUCUCAAGAAGUCAGGAAAAACCUGUGCAGUUAAAAAAGUUUGGAGGUAAUUGGAAAUCUAACGAUGACAAUUACAAAAAGUUUAAAUCGCAACGUUACCCUUGUAGCGGUACAGAUCCUGAUCAGCUCUGUGGAGUAAUUUUUGUGGAUAAAGGAUUUACAGCUAAAGUUUUAUUUUAUUUAUUAAGCGAAAUAUGUAAACACGAUGAAGAUUUACACUUUCUAUCACCUCUUUAUACUAUUGAAAGAAACCCCGAUGAAACUGGUUAUUCGAGAGAUUUAGAAAUGGAACAUAGGAAGCAGGAAGAAGUCUUAAAGCGAUUUAGAAUUCACGAAUGUAACUUAUUGAUCGCAACUUCAAUUUUAGAAGAAGGCAUCGAUAUUCCGAAAUGCAAUUUUGUGAUGAGGUAUGACUUUCCAAAGAAUUAUCAGUCAUAUAUACAAUGCAAGAGUAGAGCAAGAGCUAUGGAUGCCUUGCAUGUAUCAUUGGUGCCACGAGAAGCAUCUAAAGAACUUGUAUGGCAGUUAGCUCAGUAUCAAUAUAUAGAAAAGACUUUAUUAUUAAAAUGUUCUAAUAAAGAGCUAACUGAGGACGAAGAGACUGAAGCAGACAUGUAUGCUGCAAUGAUACCACAUUACAAACCACUCGACGGUGAUGAUGCUCCCAAAGUGACUUUUAAUUCUGCCAUUUCAUUAGUUAACAGGUAUUGCGCGAAAUUACCAAGCGAUACUUUUACUAGAUUAACACCAGAAUGGUGCAUCGAGUCAGUGAAUGCUCACGAUACAGUCAUGUAUAUCUGCUUAUUACGACUUCCCAUCAAUUCACCAUUGAAAUAUGUUAUCACGUCAUAUCCAAUGCCGAAUAGAGCGAUGGCUAGACGUAUGGCUGCCUUGCAAAUGUGUAUCGAUCUGCAUCGAGAAAAUGAGAUAGACGAUAAUUUAUUACCUAUCGGAAAGGAGAACUUUAAAGCCAAGCCUGAAGAUGCAGAGGUACCUGCUUUGCCAGAUGAAAGCAGAGCUGACUUUUCAGAAGCCAGACCGGGCACGACGAAACGACGACAAUACUAUUAUAAAAAGACAGCUGAAGCAUUAACGGAUUGUAGACCAAUAGUCGGAAUACCGUCUUAUCUAUAUCACAUUAAGAUGGUACUAAGUUGUCCUUUGCCCGAGGAACAAAAUACACGAGGUAGACGCAUCUAUCCCCCUGAAGAAUCGGCCAUUGGAUUUGGUAUACUUACAUUAAAGAAGAUACCCAAGUUGUGUCCAUUCCCUAUUUAUACUAGAUCUGGUGAAGUUCACGUGCAAUUAAAACUUAGUAAGGAGACUGUAAUCCUGGAUGAAGUUCAGAUAGAAAGAGUCGAUACUUUUCUUAAUUAUACUUUUACAAACGUUUUGAGAUUACAGAAAUAUCUAAUGCUUUUUGAUCCAAAUGCUUCCGAGAAUUCAUAUAUAAUUGUACCAGUAAAGAUACAUACAACGUGCGAAGGGUCGGAUGUUAGCGUAGAUUGGAAUUUUUUGGAAUGCAUUUAUCAGAAUCGAAAUGCAGUGCCAACCAAGGUUCCCGAAGAAGAUAGGAAAAAUUUCAAAUUUGAUCCAUCCAAAUAUUACGAUGCUGUAAUCAUGCCAUGGUAUAGAAGUCAAGACCAACCACAGUAUUUCUAUGUAGCGGAAAUAUGCACAAACUUAAAUCCAAAGUCUUCUUUUCCCGGACACGAUUACAGCACUUUUGAAGAAUAUUACUUGAAGAAAUACGGUAUACAAAUACAAAAUCUAGAGCAGUCGUUGUUAGAUGUGGAUCAUACAUCAGCCAGAUUAAACUUUUUAACUCCUAGAUAUGUAAAUCGCAAAGGGGUCGCAUUGCCUACGAGCAGCGAAGAGACGAAACGUGCGAAGAGAGAAAAUUUAGAACAGAAACAGAUUCUCGUCGCUGAAUUAUGCGCUAUUCAUCCUUUUCCAGCGUCUUUAUGGAGACAAGCGGUCUGUUUACCCUGCAUACUGUAUAGAAUUAAUGCCUUGUUGCUCGCUAAUCAAAUAAGAUGUCAAGUUGCACAUAUGAUAAAUUUAGGGCAAGAAAAUCUGGAUUCAGAUUUCGAAUGGCCCGCGUUAGAUUUUGGAUGGAGCUUGGCAGAGGUGUUGAAAAGAUCGAAGGAAACGGAGAAAAUGAAGCAAACUAAAAGUGAUAAUACACAGGAUAACUCGCUUUUGAACAAUAUAGACAGCAGUAAGUGUCAGAAUGUGAUAGCUAAUCAAGAUACGAAUAAAAAACAAGACACGUCGCGUAACGAAGUUGAGACGAGUAAACAAAUAGAACGGGAAUGCACCGACAACGCACGAACCGAUGAAGCGGAGGAAGAUGAGACGAUUGCAGACGACGACGUCGAGCAGAAGGGCGACGAAUUGGAAAUUGGUACAUGGUCGAACGAUAUGGCAUGGUCUAACGAUGCGACCAUGAAUUCUACAAUGGAUUACGAUGCCUCGGAUAAUCUAAAAUCAUUUCCUCUACAUGUGACGGCUUGUGUCUUGCCGCAAGAUUUCGGUUGGAAUGACAUUCGAUAUGGUUCGCCGACGUACGAGUCCGAUUUCGAUGGUUACGAAUCAGACGACAUAUAUAGCGACGGCUUUGCCGACACAUCUGAGGAAAGUGAGGAUGAAAGUAGAGGCUUGAAGAUUUCUUACAUGGGAGAAAAUGUCGCCGAAGCAGUGGAGGAUGAGAAACAAAUAUGUAAGCAGGAGAUUAACAAAAAGAUUUUGGAUCUUUUAGAGACGGAAAAGAAUUUUGAUAAUAAUUUCUGGAUGUAUGCGGAAAAAGAUCAAGAAUUAUUACUCGCGAAACACAAGGAAGCUCAUUAUGAGUUCGCAAAGAAAAAGGAGCUCGUUAUAAUGACCGACGGAACUUUUAUAUCUUGCGAUUCUGAUAUUACGAUUAAGAGGAAGAACUCGGCGAGUCGUCAAACCGAGUGCGAAAAGCCGAAUUAUAAAUAUAAAGACUACAUAGAAACCGUCGUAAAAAGAUUUAAUCUCGAAGUAUUCAAUAGGAAGCCACCCGCUGAAUCUACUCGCUCGGUAAAGAAAGAGAUUAACAGGCCAAGCGAAAGAAAUUAUUUAAACGACCAUCUCUUUAGUUUCGAUUAUCAACCGGAAUUAAAAGGUCAUUCGGGACCGAGUCCUAGUCUGAUCCUUCAGGCCUUGACAAUGUCUAAUGCGAACGAUGGGAUUAAUUUGGAGCGAUUGGAGACUAUCGGUGACUCGUUUCUCAAGUACGCUAUAACUACAUAUUUAUAUUGCACAUAUGAUAAUAUUCACGAAGGAAAGCUUAGUCACUUGAGAUCGAAGCAGGUCAGCAAUUUAAAUCUGUAUAGACUCGGUAGACAGAAGAUGCUCGGUGAAAGCAUGAUAGCGACCAAGUUCGAGCCGCAUGACAAUUGGCUACCUCCUUGUUAUUACGUUCCCAAGGAACUCGAGCAAGCAUUGAUCGAAUCUGGCGUUCCUUCCGCUCUGUGGAAUCAAGCUGAUAUUCCUACCUUGCAAGCUAUCAAUCCCACCGAGAUAACUCAACUGGUUAAAGAGACUGAGGAAAAACUCGUUAUUAUGAAAAGUGAAUUGGAUAAAAAUGAAAGUAGAUUGUCAAACAAUUUAGAUAAUUUGCGAUGCUUUAUACCUUACAAUUUAAUUACGCAGCAUAGUAUACCCGAUAAAAGUAUCGCGGAUUGCGUAGAAGCUUUGAUAGGUGCAUAUUUAAUUGCAUGUGGACCUCGUGGAGCGCUUCUUUUCAUGACUUGGUUAGGAAUUCACGUUUUGCCUACGGAGCAAGUUUGCGUGACGAGCGAAAAUGAGCCAGAAGAAAGGAUACCUGGUAGUACGCCAUACGUAAAGGGAGUCGAUCAAAACGAUAAAACUACAUGGACGCAAAUUCGUUACGGAAAGUUGGAAGAGCCACAAAAUCCAUUGCUUCGUUACAUUCCCGACCCGGAGAGCGAAUUGUGCAUGAUGCUCGAUGGAUACAAAGAAUUGGAAAAAAGUAUAGGAUAUGAAUUUCACGACAGUAGUUAUCUUUUGCAAGCGUUUACGCAUGCAUCCUAUCAGCCAAAUAGAUUAACGGAUUGUUAUCAACGUUUGGAAUUUCUUGGUGACGCUGUACUAGAUUAUUUAAUAACUAGACAUUUAUACGAAGAUUCCCGGCAACAUUCGCCAGGUGCUUUAACCGAUUUAAGAUCCGCUUUAGUCAAUAACACGAUAUUUGCAUCUUUAGCUGUGAGGUGUGGUUUUCAUAAAUAUUUUCGUCAUCUUUCUCCUGGACUAAGCGUGGUAAUAAAUCGUUUUGUCAGAAUACAGGAAGAAAAUGGACAUUCCAUUAGCGAAGAGUAUUACUUGAUUGGCGAGGAGGAAUGCGAGGAAGCUGAAGACGUAGAAGUUCCAAAGGCACUAGGUGAUGUUUUCGAAUCGUUAGCCGGUGCUAUUUACUUGGAUAGCGGAAUGUCUCUCGAUGCGGUGUGGAGUGUUUAUUACGCGAUAAUGAAAUCAGAAAUUGAACAAUUCAGCACAAAUGUUCCUAAAUCUCCAAUCCGUGAAUUAUUGGAAUUGGAACCUGAAACAGCGAAAUUCGGUAGGCCUGAGAAAUUGGCCGAUGGUCGUAGAGUUCGAGUAACCGUAGAUGUGUUUGGUAAGGGUUCUUUUAAAGGAAUCGGACGAAAUUAUAGAAUCGCAAAGUGCACAGCGGCUAAAUGCGCGUUAAAGAAAUUAAAAAGCAAAGUACAGAAUUAUCCGAGGCAAAAACUAUGACAAAGCUUGUAAUUUAUAAAAAGACAAAAAUGUUUAAAGACAAAUCUUUUACUUCCAAGGAAAUUGUGGGAAUCAAAGGAACGUUUAUGUCUCUCGAGAUUAUUACGAGUUUGCGAAUGUACUUAAUGUACGAAUUUACAUCAAAAGUAAUCUUUCGUUAGAUAGGAGAUUAUAUCAGUGCAGUAUACAGUAGAAUCUUAACGAACGAGUCUUAAUAAAGAAACUGUUGCAUUCGAGCCUAAUCAUGUUAAUUGCACAAUUAGAGAAUUGGAUAAUUAUGAAAUAAGUUGGAUAUAAGUAAUACGAAUAGGAAUAAAUCAAUUAUUUACAUGUGAUUGAUAAUAAAGUAUAAAGAUGAGUGAGUGAGUGAGAAAAAAAUAGAGAGAAAAAUACUUGAAAUAUUUUAUUCGAUAUUACGCGAUGCAAUGUUAUCUCGUCUUUGACAGUUGGUCGGUUAGAUGGACGAUUAGGUAUCAUUUUUUGUGUCAAAUUUACAAAAUGUAUUCUUUUACAUUUUUCUAAAUAUAAAACAAUCUUAUUUCAUUUUUAUUUCUUUUUAUUUUUUGAAUAGCAUUCAUUCGAAAUAUUUAACCAUAUUUUUUCGCUAUUUUCAUAUAUCGCAACAUCAAAGGACUUUGCGAGAAUGCAUAUUACAUCCGUAUAUUUUUGUUUCAGUUCAGUUUAGUUUAAUUAGGUCCGUUAAUUUUUGUCAAAAUAUUUUCAAUAAUUAUAUCGUCUAAAACUCUAGUCAUGCUAGUGCUGUUGAUCGUUUUGUAAUCUCUAAUAACAAAAAUCUUGAUACAUAUAUGUAUAGUAACUCAAAAUUUUUUAUAUAUGUAUACACAUAUAUACAAUAUUGUGUAUGUGUGUGUGUAUCUUAGAAAAAACUAUACAUACACACACAUGCGACAAACAUACUUACAUUAAUCCGAAAACGGUCAUAUUCUAUAUAGGUGUAAAGUAAUCGCGUCAUAUAAAUUAUUUUUUUAUUUUUGAUCAUGACAUUUAUCACAAAUUUUUCUCGAUUUCCUUAUUUCUCAAUGUAUUUUUAUGGUAAAAAAUUUGGAUUUUAUUUAUAUUUUAUGAUAUUGUAGCACAUCGCAAUAACGCAUUACUUGUCGCAAAAUUAAACUUUUAAAUAAAAUCAUGUGUAUCGUAAUUGAUUCAACGCGGCCAUUUUCGGAUUAAAGAAGAAAAAUGAUAAAUUUAUACACACAUACGCGUAACUGGCAGUUUGAGAGCCGAUACUUGAAAACUUGAAAAUAUCACGAAAUAGUCAUGAAAUAUGGAUAACCAACAUUUAAAAGUAAAAUCAACACCUAGCAUUAUCUUAUUUCUUCUAUUGUACAUCAUUUCCUAUAGAAUAAGCACAUUAAGUAAAAGUUCUGUGACCUUUAUUGUAAGUUUUGUAAAACAAAGUAUAAAUAAAAUGUUUUGUAAUGUA